AUGGUAUCUUAUGGUGCCAAACUAUUGGACGAACCACCUCCAAAGACCAUGAACAUGAUCGGGUUCCGUGUCAGAGUCACAGAAUACCAUGGAGGCAUCACACGACACAGAGCUCUAUCCCCUGCCCCAGAUCCCCAGAUCCCAAAAUCCCAGAUCCCCAUCCCCAGAUUCCCAGUUCCCCUGCCCCAGAUCCCCAUCCCCAGAUCCCCAGCCCCAGAUCCCCAGAUGCCCAGCCCAGAUCCCCAGAUCCCCAGUGUCCCAGCCCCAGAUCCCCAUCCCCAUACCCCAGCCCCAGAGCCCCAGCCCCAGAUCCCUAGCACCAGAUCCCCAGAUCCCCAGAUCCCCAGCCCAGAUCCCCAGUGUCCCAUCCCCAGAUCCCCAGCCCCAGAUCCCCAGUUCCCCUGCCCCAGAUCCCCAGCCCCAGAUUCCCAGAUCCCCAGUUCCCCAUCCCCAGAUCCCCAGCCCCAGAUCCCCAGAUGCCCAGCCCAGAUCCCCAGAUCCCCAGUGUCCCAGCCCCGGGUUCCCCAUCCCCAGAUCCCCAGCCCCAGAGCCCCAGCCCCAGAUCCCCAGAUCCCCAGCCCAGAUCCCCAGAUCCCCAUAUCCCCAGCCCAGAUCCCCAGAUCCCCAGUGUCCCAGCCCCAGAUCCCCAUUACCAUAUCCCCAGUACCCCAGAUCCCCAGCCCAGAUCCCCAGAUCCCCAUAUCCCUAGCACCAGAUCCCCAGAUCCCCAUCCCAGAUCCCCAGGUCCCCAGUGUCCCAGCCCCAGAUCCCCAUCCCCAGUUCCCCAGCCCCAGAUCCCCAGCCCCAGAUCCCCAGAUCCCCAGCCCAGAUCCCCAGAUCCCCAAUCCCCAGCCCCAGGUCCCCAGUUCCCAGCCCCAGAUCCCCAGAUCCCCAGCCCCAGAUCCCCAGCCCCAGAUCCCCAGCCCCAGAUCCCCAGAUGCCCAGCCCAGAUCCCCAGAUCCCCAGUGUCCCAGCCCCAGAUCCCCAUCCCCAGAUCCCCAGAGCCCCAGCCCCAGAUCCCCAGCACCAGAUCCCCAGAUCCCCAGAUCCCAAGCCCAGAUCCCCAGAUCCCCAGUGUCCCAGCCCCAGAUCCCCAUCCCCAGUUCCCCAGCCCCAGAUCCCCAGCCCCAGAUCCCCAGAUCCCCAGCCCAGAUCCCCAGAUCCCCAGUGUCCCAGCCCCAGAUCCCCAUCCCCAGAUCCCAAGAGCCCCAGAUCCCCAGACCCCCAGACCCCCAGCCCCAGAUCCCCAUCCCCAGAUCCCCAGCCCCAGAUCCCCAGUUCCCAGCCCCAGAUCCCCAGAUCCCCAGCCCCAGAUCCCCAUUCCCAGAUCCCCAGCCCCAGAUCCCCAGUUCCCCUGCCCCAGAUCCCCAGUUCCCCAGCCCCAGAUCCCCAGAUGCCCAGCCCAGAUCCCCAGUGUCCCAGCCCCAGAUCCCCAUCCCCAGAUCCCCAGAGCCCCAGCCCCAGAUCCCCAGCACCAGAUCCCCAGAUCCCAAGCCCAGAUCCCCAGAUCCCCAGUGUCCCAGCCCCAGAUACCCAUCCCCAGUUCCCCAGCCCCAGAUCCCCAGCCCCAGAUCCCCAGCCCCAGAUCCCCAGUUCCCCUGCCCCAGAUCAUCAGCCCCAGAUCCCCAGCCACAGAUCCCCAGCCCCAGAUCCCCAGCCCCAGAUCCCCAGUUCCCCUGCCCCAGAUCCUCAGCCCUCAGCCUCAAAUAA